AUGGAGGAAAUAGGUUCCAAUCGUGAUUGGACGACACACCAUUGGCAAGAAACGUCAGCCUUACAUCAAGCAGAUAUGAACGCCAUGCAGUAUAUCGAUUUGCUUCAGUUCGUACAAGACAAUAACGGCCAGUUAUUAUCAGGACAAAACGGAACAGAACAGCUUCGAGAGUGCUUUGAACAGUUGAGUGAGAGUAAUGGUAAAGCACAUUAUAUUGACAGAUAUGAGGAUUAUUUGGACGCGUUUUCAUAUGAUGAGAGGCCAGAUGAAAACAUUGGUAACGAUAUUCAAUUGGAAGACUCCUUUUUGGACUUUGAAAGCCUUAAUUCCUCAAUGCAGUUUUUUGCAAAGGAGGUUUUGUCAAAGUUUGACGCUGAAUAUCAUUCCGCCCUCAGAAAAGAUCUUUUAGAUCAGGUGGUUGGAGCCAAGUCCCCAAUAUCUAGCCUCGAAAAUGAGAUGUAUGAUAAUAAUUCAACAAUUUCUCGGCAUGACACCCUCACCGAUUCCAAACACACCUUUCCGUCAGAAUGCACACUGGACAAUAGUGUUGAUAUAUUUUCCAACCUCGAAUGUGGCUUCUGUGACUUUUUACUGCCUGUUUGCGAUCACCAAUCAGAGUUAGAAUGCUCGUUGUACUCCAUUGUAGAUAUUUCUGGCAAGAGCAUACUUGAGUUCGAUGUUGAAUUCAUGUCUGCCUCGUAUAAGCUUGUACAAUGUGAUACGUACAGAGAUUAUCUGAGGAAGGAGAUGAGCGGCCGUCCUUAUGACACGAAAGAAAUAACCGACAUCAAUUCUCUUUUGCCAUUCGAAGAGAAAAUUGAUCAUGAGCAAAUAAGUUCUGAAGUGCACGAAAUUGAAAACAUAAAUUGUUCAGAGAUUCUCGAAGAAAGGCCAUCAAAUAUUUUCAUUACGGAGCUUCAGAAAAUUGCAAUUCCAAUAACACAAGAGCAAAAACGUAUGCAUGAGUUUUGGUGUCUAGAUUCCAAAGACCAAGAAAUUUAUUAUCAGCGAAACACUAUCCAUUUCAUUGACACAAUUAUUAACACGGACGACGUCAAGACAAUACCAAACCCACCCACAGAAGUUUUUCUUCCAAAAUGUGACAACAUUAUUCCCAUUGAGAAGUUAGCGAAACCAAAACCGACAACAAAUAUAGAGAUUACUUUGUCUAGCUUGUGGCUUUCAGAUAAGAUUUACUUGUUUAGAAAGGAAAUAGACAAGAAAGAAUGCGCUGAACCAUUGCCCGCAAGUACGGAUGACACACUCUUCAAAACACCUGAAGAGUUUUCACCAGAGGUACAAUAUUCUCCUGAUUUGCACGACAUUUAUUUGAAUGUACCGAGUCGUUUGAGACCAUCAUCUGAAUCACGAUUAAGGACUGAAAGAUUGGAGAAAGCUCUCUAUAAUCUUGAAAUUGCUGAGAAAGAGUUCGAACACAUAGAUAUCUUGUUCAUACAGGAAAUGUUCAAGCAAACAUCAUUGUACGCAAAUACCGUUUCCCAUUACAAAGACGAUGGAAAAGGAGCCCUAUAUCAAUACGAGUCGUUAUUGGAGAAUUUACUUACAAUUGAGGAGUUCGAAGAGUAUGGAAGGCCCAAUAAGCAACAGACUGGGGCAAAAAGUCGUAUCACAAAAAACCACUCCAAACUCGAGGAGCUUGUAGAGGAAAGCUUGGAGAGUUUUAUGGUCCAAAAAAAAGCAAACACUUGUUCCACCACACAAAAACUAUCAUCAACUCUUGAAAAAUCCGCAUCAGUUGCUAAUACUGAAGACUCACUGUUUAUACCUGACGAUAUUAGAGUUUCCAAAGAGACCAUUGAUAUAGUCACAGACAUUCAAAGCCAAAAUUCAUUGCUGGUGCUACCUUCUUCAUCGCUUAGACCGGUAAUUGGGCUGUUACUUUUGCAAAAGCUCAAGAAAUGUAGCACAAACUCUAAUUUCAUUUAUGUAGAUAGCAACGAAAAGCGCUUGGAAGACGAUUUUAGAUUUUAUUCAUCCUAUCUCUGGAAUCACACAAACAGUCUAAUAAUGGUGACAAAAGAGAAUUUUACAUUCCAGCUUGCCAAAAUUAAUACCAAUUGCAAAUUUUUGUUUUUGUCAUCUCACAUAAUGGACAAUUUUAUACAACGAUUUGAAAAGGUAGUAUCGAACUGCAGUUUCAUUUUCUAUCAAGACUCAACAGUUGCAACCUUACCAGAUAGUAAUGAACCAUCCACAGCUCAGGUCUCAAUUUGCAAAGCACUUGAAAAUAUUUACGCAAUUUCAAAGAAGACUGUACAUUCGAUUGUAGCAUCAUAUAUCCCAGCUAGAAGCGUCAACGAUCUCAUUAACUUGUUGGAUUCCAUAAUUUCGAAGAGAGUAAUUAUCAAAGGAACAUAUAACGCUUCGUUUCAUAAAGAGAUGAUAGUAGAAUUGGAUGGGCCAAUAUCAACAUUCCUAUGUGACCUCAUAAAGAUCGGAGAGUUUACGAUGAGUGGAAUUUCGGGUGUUAAAGGAUAUGAACUUGACACAAUGAAAUUCGUGGAGGUGGACUCAGAGUACAUUAAGCAUAUUGUGGAAGAUUUUGGAGCGGGCUUAAAAGUUGUUAUUGCUUCCAAUGAUCAUAGAAGAAUCAGCGAAACGAAGUCUGUUUUCAAGAAGCUAGUGUGUCUCCACACUUUAAAGUGCUUAUAUGAGAUUGUAUUAGAUGGUGGCGUGUUGGUAGGACUUUCAUUUCUUGAAAAGAUUAAACAAAGUGAUACCUACAACACCAUAUUGGAAGGAUCAAUUUCGGAUAUUUUAAUUCGUCUCAAGGCCUUACAAGAACAGUGUUCUCGAUAUGAAUCAGAUUCCCAUAUGGAGAAGUUCAAGACCAUUGAAGAUAACAUUCUAGAAGCUUUAGAAGCCAAGAAUAACGUAAAGAUUUUGUUUAUUACUAAGCACAACAAAGUGUUGACAUUACUACGUCAACACUUACAAAGCAAGUUCAGUGAUCGAUACCAGAUCAAGUUUUUCUCCUUAAUAAUUGGAGAAAAGGAUACAAUAUUUAUGCGUGACGCUGCUUUAGGAGCAGAGGAGCCAAAGCUUGGAUUAUCGGAGGAGUUGAGAAAUAAUUCACUGCAAUUUCACUUUGUCACUUAUUCCAUGCUAGAAAAGAUCAAAGAGCGGAGAUCAUUCGAAGUAUUUUCCGGGUUUUUGACAAUAGUUCAAGUGGAACCAGGAAAUUUGCCACCAACUCUGUACUCAUUAGUAUCAAGGUGCAUGGUCGAAAGUUGGGUAAUUCAUAAUGUAUUACCGUCUGUUAUGGUAUCUCAAGAUCUUUUUAAACGGAAAAAUUUUGUGGAAAAAUGGUGUUUGGAGUUACAAGGAAUGCUUAAAACUGACUCUUCCAUAAUAGAAAUGGAGGACUUAACAUCUGUAGCUCCAAGAAUGAGGAAUAUUUCAUUACUUACAGAGACAGACUGGCGGAUAAUUGCUGAUAGCUAUUUAAGAGUCACACCACCAAAGAGGAAAUCAGCAAUUAAGAUAAUUGCAACUGAGAAGUGUAUUCAAAAUAGCGAUCUUAUUUCAGAGCUGGAGGCAAGAUUUUUAGUUUCUGUCGUGGAGAGAACUUUUGUCAAUCAUGCUCCAGCUGACAUGAUCAUCAACGACAGACAUUGCGCCCUUCUUGGUUCUUGUGAAAAUUUGUCCACAGAGGACGCGCUUCGAGAGGAGACUAUUAAUUUGUUCUCCAAAGUCCUACAUUUAUCUCAUCAAUUUUCGUAUUGCUGGAUCAUUUUAGAAAAGUACUUAGAUUUUGAUAAUUAUGAAAACGCAUUGGGAGAAAUAGACUCUAUGGUAUAUUUAGCAACUUCUUUAUUGUCUUUCACAAAAUCGUUGAGCGGAAUUGAGGUGAAUGUUAAAAUGAGCUAUAGCAUGGACCAGACAGCAGAGAUCAUUAGCACCAUUUGUAAUGAUGUUAAAGAACAAUCAAAGACUUUGAACAAGGAUGUAUUGUGGAUUCGUGAACGUGAGACUGAACAUGAGGGGUUUUUGGCUCAAUUUCCAUUUAUUAGUUAUUACUCUGCUCAAGCAAUUCUUCAAAAUUAUACAUUGAAACAAAUAGCAAGCUUUAGAAACUAUGACGAAUUCGCUCAUCAUUUAGGGACCAUGGUUCCUGAGCGAAUUUUGCACAACUUCUACCAAUGUUUCACCGAGCUUUUUGAUGGAUAUGAGGAAAACGCCAACACUACGGCAGGUAUGGAUGACGAUGAAAUCGUCCAGACAUCUCAAAUUCUUGUUAAUCAAGGUAGUCACACCGAUCAUUCUUUCCAUAUUAACAAGAAGCCUUUGUUUCAUCAAGACCCUCGUAUGGAUCCUCUCAACCAGGCAUUCAUGACACCACCUGAGCCCGCAUUUUCAUAUCCAGUCGUAUUUGGAAAAAGUGACUCAAAUUCUCUUUCACAUUCCUUACAACCAUACACCCACGUGAACUCUGCAAUCGAAGAGCCACUUCAUAAGAAGGCCAAGCCAUCAACAUUCCCCUCGAACCAACAGACACCUUACAUCCAUCAUAUCGAAUUCCCACCUCCGUCUCCUCUCUUUCAGCAAAAAGAAUUUGAUAAUUCAUUUUCCAGUGCGACUUUGGUCAAACCUGGCUUUUUUCAAGGAGCGUGGGCAAGCCCAAAUACACCACUCACAAGCUUUAAGAAUAUUGUUCAGCCUCAUUACCCUCUUCACAACCAAUUUUCGAACGGAUCACCUACCAUUCCUUUUAACUUCAAUUCAAAGAAAAUUCAAACACCACGUCCAGGGCAGAGUACCACUCACGAGCGAGGGAUGAAAUUCUUUCACAACAAACAUGACAUAACAACGCCUACAAGGGCAUUGGGAGCAAGCAAUAAGAUGCCAAAAAAUCAUUUAGGUAGCUCAACAGUCAGCACUCCAUCUUCUAAUUUCAGAUAUUAUUUGUAA